GCCCCUCCCUCCGCCCGCCGGCCCGCCCGUCAGUCAGGCAAGCAGUCGGUCUGGGUUGCAGUGGGUUCUUUAGUUCUUCUGAACGGUUUCCUCCUUGCUCCUUCCCGGUCAGCGGCAGCUGCUGCACCAGCGGCGGCGCGGUCCCUUCAGGAGGCGCAGCGUAGGCCGAGCGGCGGCCGCGGAGCGUCGAGCUCAGCCCAGCGCGGCGGAGGCGGCGGCGGCAGCCAACAUGGCGGCGGCGGCGGCGGGCGCGGGCCCGGAGAUGGUCCGCGGGCAGGUGUUCGAUGUGGGGCCGCGCUACACCAACCUCUCGUACAUCGGCGAGGGCGCUUACGGCAUGGUGUGCUCUGCUUAUGAUAAUGUCAACAAAGUUCGAGUAGCUAUCAAGAAAAUCAGUCCUUUUGAGCACCAGACCUACUGCCAGAGAACCCUGAGGGAGAUAAAAAUCUUACUGCGCUUCAGACAUGAGAACAUCAUUGGAAUUAAUGAUAUUAUUCGAGCGCCAACCAUCGAGCAAAUGAAAGAUGUAUAUAUAGUACAGGACCUCAUGGAGACAGAUCUCUACAAGCUCUUGAAGACACAACACCUCAGCAACGACCAUAUCUGCUAUUUUCUUUACCAGAUACUCAGAGGGUUAAAGUAUAUCCAUUCAGCUAACGUACUGCACCGUGACCUCAAACCUUCCAACCUGCUGCUCAACACCACCUGCGAUCUCAAGAUCUGCGAUUUUGGCUUGGCCCGUGUUGCAGAUCCAGACCAUGAUCACACAGGGUUCCUGACGGAGUAUGUAGCCACACGUUGGUACAGGGCUCCUGAAAUUAUGUUGAAUUCCAAGGGCUAUACCAAGUCCAUUGAUAUUUGGUCUGUAGGCUGCAUUCUGGCAGAGAUGCUCUCCAAUAGGCCCAUCUUCCCUGGGAAGCAUUAUCUCGACCAACUGAACCACAUUCUGGGUAUUCUUGGAUCCCCAUCACAGGAAGACCUGAAUUGCAUAAUCAAUUUAAAAGCUAGAAACUAUUUGCUUUCUCUUCCACACAAAAAUAAGGUGCCAUGGAACAGGCUGUUCCCAAAUGCUGACUCCAAAGCUCUGGAUUUACUGGACAAAAUGUUGACCUUCAACCCUCACAAGAGGAUUGAAGUAGAACAGGCACUGGCCCACCCAUAUCUGGAGCAGUAUUAUGACCCAAGUGAUGAGCCCAUUGCUGAAGCACCAUUCAAGUUUGACAUGGAAUUGGAUGACUUGCCUAAGGAGAAGCUCAAGGAACUCAUUUUUGAAGAGACUGCUAGAUUCCAGCCAGGAUACAGAUCUUAAAUUUGUCAGGACAAGGGCUCAGAGGACUGGACGUGCUCAGACAUCGGUGUUCUUCUUCCCAGUUCUUGACCCUGGUCCUAUCUCCAGCCCAUCUCGGCUUAUCCACUUUGACUCCUUUGAGCCGUUCGGAGGGGCAGUUUCUGGUAGUUGUGGCUUUUAUGCUUUCAAAGAAUUCCUUCAGUCCAGAGAACUGUUCCUGGCACCCCUGUGUGCGUCACCCACCGGUGACCAGUGGCAGUAUGUACUUUCAGUGUACCUACUGCUUACCGUUGCUUUAGUCACUAAUCGCUUUCUGGUUUGAAAGAUGCAGUGGUUCUUCAUUCUCCUGAAUCCUUUAUUCCAUGACGCCCUGCUGACCCAUGCAGUCACACCAGAGAUAGUUCUUUCCAAAUUGGCUCUCGUCACUGGCAUCUCACUUUAUGAUAAGGGAAGGCUACUACCUAGGGCACUUUAAGUCAGUGACAGCCCCUUAUUUGCACUUCACCUUUUCACCGUAACUGUUUCCCCUGAGCAGGAACUCAUGGAAACACCUGCGAUGACGUUGCAGCCUGCAGUAAGUGCUCCCAUCCUGGGAACCUUUGGGGGCACGUGUCAGCAUCUUUUCUCAUAUCAUGUUAAUCACUAACAUAUUUAAGGUAUGUGCUAUUUGCCAGCUUUUAGAAAACUCAAUCAUUUCCCUAAAUAAAAAAAAGAUGUACUGCACAGCAAUUUACUCUGUAGAUCUACUAUGGUUACUUGUACCAUUUAUAGAGGUAUAACACUUGCCCAAAUGUGUUAUAUGCAGUACUGAGUGUUUGCAAGACUUAUGCAAAAAGCUUUAAAGUGGCAGCUUCACUCGGGAUUUAGUGAGAGAUGUACAAAGGCGUGCUCAGGAAAAGUGUCUGGAGAAGUAGCCAGCAGGCUGCCCAUUGUCCCAGGGCGGAGCUCCACCUGCCAGGAUAUAUAGACCCCACGCUGCUUCCCAUGGUGUGCCACAAUCAGUGUAACCACAUUCAAUGCCAGAGGAUUUAGCAGAGAGGAUAAACACUGCGUCUUUAAAUGAGAAAGUGUACAAUUCUUUUUCUUCCUACAGCAUGUCAGCAUCUCAAGCUCAUUUUUCAACCUACAAUAUAACAGUUUGUAAUAAAGCCUUCAUGAGCUCAUGACACGAAGCACUGUUCUGUCAUCAAGUACUAUCAACUGUUUCUGAUUACUGCUGAGCUAAAACCAUCAGAAAAAGCUAGCACUAAGUCAUGUGUGGAGCUCUCUCCCAUCUUUUCCUGCUCUCUCUAAGUAUUCGUUCCUGCCACUGUACGUGGUGGCGUUGAUUUGGUGUUCUGUCCCAGUGCGGUGCCUCCUCUUGACUACCCCACUGCUCUCUGUGGUGAGAAAUUUGCCUUGUUCAAUAAUUACUGUACCCUCGCAUGACUGUUACAGCUUUCUGUGCAGAGAUGACUGUCCAAGUGCCACAUGCCUAUGAUUGAAAUGAAAAAUCUAUUGUUACCUCUGAGUUGUGUUCCACGGAAAAUGCUAUCCAGCAGAUUACUUAGGAAAAAUAAUUAUAUUUUUAGCUUUUCAUUUCUCAGCCGUCCUUUUUUUUCUUGUUUGAUUUUUGACAGCAAUGGAGAAUGGGUUCUUAAAGACUGCCUGCUAAUAUGAACAGAAAUGCACUUGUAAUUCAUGGAAAUAAAUGUACAUCUUCUAUCUUCAUAUUCAUAUUAAGAUUCAGUGUCGAUUUCCUCUGGAUUGGCGUGUCCAAAUGGACAGUCAGGUUCAGUUUGUGCUUAGAACAGAAAUGUGUACCGGCCUUGGUUUCCCACCUGGCCACUGCCCCAACACUUUGGUUUACAUUAAAUGAUUUAGAAAGCA